CGGCACGCUAGGCCCGCCUUCCUUUCCCCACAGGGGUGGAGCCUGGCCGAGUUGGAAUCGGCCGCUAGCAGCUCUUCUUCCUCGGUUGACAAGUCGCUAGAGAAAAUGGAGCCUAGCAAGAUGGCGCCUCCCAAGAACGCUCCAAGAGAUGCCUUGGUGAUGGCACAGAUCCUGAAGGAUAUGGGAAUCACUGAGUAUGAGCCAAGGGUUAUAAAUCAAAUGUUGGAAUUUGCUUUCCGAUAUGUGACUACAAUUCUGGAUGAUGCAAAAAUCUAUUCAAGUCAUGCUAAGAAACCUACUGUUGAUGCAGACGAUGUGAGACUGGCCAUCCAGUGUCGAGCUGACCAGUCUUUUACCUCUCCUCCCCCGAGAGAUUUUUUACUAGAUAUUGCAAGGCAAAAAAAUCAAACCCCUCUGCCACUGAUUAAGCCAUAUGCAGGACCUAGACUGCCGCCUGACAGAUACUGCUUAACAGCUCCAAAUUAUAGGUUGAAGUCCUUAAUUAAAAAGGGACCUAACCAAGGAAGACUAGUUCCUAGACUAAGUGUCGGUGCUGGUAGUAGCAGACCUACUACUCCCACUGUAGCACCCCCACAAGCAGUAUCUGUUCCGAAUAAAGUUCCAACUCCAGUGUCAGUGACAAGCCAAAGAUUUUCAGUACAGAUUCCGCCUUCUCAAGCCACACCUGCCAAACCAGCUCCUGCAACAACUGCAGUCCAAAAUGUUCUGAUUAAUCCUUCAAUGAUUGGGCCCAAAAAUAUCCUCAUUGCCACCAACAUGGUCUCCUCACAGAACAUGGCCAGUGAGUCAAACCCACUGAAGAGGAAGCACGAUGACGACGAGGACAAUGACACUAUGUAA